UUAUUCCUUUCCAUUAUCAAACAAAGAUGAAUCGAAGAUAGAGAGAGAAACCAAACCCUGGCUGGGUUUGGAACAGACAUGUCUCUCCACCGCCAUGUUUGCAGAACCUCAAAGCUAUCAAAGAUCCCUAGGAAGUACAAGCAGUUCGCCAUAGCACAGGGGCAGAAGUCUGUUACUGAUUAUCUCCACGCCACGCGCUGCAUUCCUUACGCCUUCGCUGAUCAAAUCUCCAAGAACUCCAACAAUGCCCUCAUAAAUCUCAUCACCAAGCUCAGUGCUUUCUCCCCUCCCCACUAUCCCCACAACCUCAACAAGUUCCUCAGGUACAACCCCAUCAACGAAUUCGAGUUCUUCUUUGAGAGCAUUGGCAUACACCCUUCAAAGUUCCCCUCUUUGUUUCCCCAGAACAAGUUCUUCUUUUCAGAAGAUGAGACCCUUUUGGAUGCUGCUUAUGUUCUCAGCGAAUUUGGAUUUCCCUGGGACAAGCUUGGAGUGCUGUAUGAGGAGAGUGGGUGGGUGUUCAAGUGGGGUGCUUUUGAAUUGAAUGAUAGGCUUUAUGGAUUCAAAGGGUAUGGUUUUUGCAAUGUGCAGGUUGUGGGGAUAUGCUUGGCUUUCCCAUUUGUGUUUGAUGGCCAGAAGGGUGCUGAGGUUGAGGCUUUGUUUUGUGAUCUGAGGUUGCUGUUUGGGAAGUUUGGUUUGGCUGAGUGUGUUGAAGAGAAGGGGAAUGGUGUGGAUGAUUGGGUUGGGUUGUGUAGGAAGAUAAGGUUGUUUUAUGAUUUGAAUGGAGGAAAUAACAUAGGGGAGUUAAUUGGAGGGAGCAAUGGCGUUGGUGUAGGUGUUGUUGUUGAGCAUGGGGAAGAGGAGUUGGUUCAAGCAAUUGAGUAUUUUUGUAGGUUUGGUGCGAAGAAAGAGGACGUGGCACGAUUGAUUGUGAAUGGACCGGAAUUGUUGGAACUUGUUUUGAACAUGGGGAAGGUCAAUGUGUUGAAGCUGUUGAAACACUUUGGAAUGAGUUCCAAUGAUGUUGAUAUUGUUAAGAGGGACUAUGCUCAUGUGUUCGACACAGUCAAGCUGUGUAACCUGCCAAAUGUGAUGAGAGCUUUGGGUUUACAUGAGUGGUUCUUUGAGAAGAUUAAGGAUGGGAAUCAUAGUUUGUUGGUUAGUUUUGUCGCGAACAAUCGCGAAGUGGUCGGAGAUAAAGGUUAUCCAAGUUUUUUGAAGGCUAUUGAGGUGUCUAAAUCUCCAAUUCACAAUAUGAGUAAGUUGAACUUCUUGCAUGGCAUUGGCUUUGGAGAAAAUGCUUUGACCAUGUAUAUUUUCUCUUAUAUGCACGGAACAAGUGAUGAGUUACAAAAGAGAUUUGAUUGCCUUCUACAUCGUGGGAUUGAGUUUUCAAAGGUCUGUAAAAUGAUCACGGUUGAUCCCAAGAUUCUUCGCCAAAACCCUGAACGUUUGGAGCAAAAGAUUAAUUUCUUGUGUCAGGAAAUGGGACAGUCACUUGAGAUUUUGGUGACUUUUCCAUCAUUCUUGUGCUUUGACUUAGAGAAUCGCAUUAAGCCCAGGUAUAGGUUCCAUUUGUGGAUUAUGGAAAAGGGUCUGUCUUCCAAAAGAUAUUCUAUUGCAAGCAUGGUUGCAACAAGCAACAGGAAUUUUGUUUCCCGUGCUUUUAAAAUCCACCCUGCUGCUCCGAAACAUUGGUUUGAGCAAUUUAUUCCCUGAAAUUUGCCAAUAUGAUGACUAUGUUUUUUUUAACAAUUGUCUUUGAAACUCCAGCAAUUAUUUCAAAUGACGUUGUAAAGAUUCUUAAACUUUGUUACUUCCUGUGUUCUGGUUUGGAGUUGAAGACAGACCAUUCAAUGUUGUUGGAGAACUCGUGGCAGUGGUUUAUUUGCUUCGCAAUGGUAGUGAGAAAUCAAGAAUGACCUGCAAAUUUUUUAUCAUGGUUUUUUCAUUUCCAAUGACCUCAUCUCUGGUCUGAUUUGUGAGAUAAAUCACAAAUUCUGUGAACAGUUAUUUAUGCUUCUUCUAGGUUAUAUAUCAGAGGUAGGUUGACCAUUUGUAA